AUGGAUAUAACGGAUAGAGAGGCCUUGAUGGAGGUGUUAUCUAGCAUGAAGAAGAUUACCCCCCUCAAGAGAGAUCUGAACCGAAAACCCCCGUCCAGCUACAAGGAAUUUCUUGCGCGAGCGCAAGGAUACAUCAACGCUGAGGAGGCAGACGCCAAUGACCCCGAGCACAGGUCCAACAAGAAUAAAAGGGACAGAACAAGGGUCGACGCCAGCAAAACAAGACGGGAAAAAGUGCCGAGGUGGAGGAAGCAGAGACAAGCAGCCAGAUGCGACGUCGAGCGCUCCAGAAGCCAAAACAAGAGGAUGCCCGUAAAACUCAGCUGUUCCAAAAAUACGAAAAAAGCGCCAGGGCCAGCUAUUGGGUCGGGGAAAUUCCUCGGUUUUAUGGUCAGCAACCGUGGGAUAGAAGCUAACCUCGAGAAAAUUAAAGUCCUACAAGAUAUGCGGUCCCCAACUAAGCCAAAGGAAGUGCAAAGGUUAAUAGAAUGUGUCGCCGCCCUAAACAGGUUUAUAUCAAAAGCGACAGACAAAUUCGUCCCCUUCUUCGACGCUUUAAAAGGAAGCGGGCGUUUUGAGUGGACACCGCAAUGUAAAGAGGCCUUCCAGAAAUUGAAGGAACAUUUGGGCAAGCCCCCAAUUUUGUCGAAACCAAACCCCGACGAGGAGCUUAGCCUAUACCUCUCUGUGUCCCAACACGCCAUAAGCUCUGUACUAAUAAGAGAAGAAGAAAGGGUGCAAUUGCCAAUCUACUAUGUAAGUAAGAGGCUCCUCGACGCCGAAUCAAGAUACAGUGAAAUGGAGCGCUUAGCCCUCGCCCUGAUGGCUCUACAAAAGCCCGAAACUUCCGGUCAACUCCUCAAGUGGUCGGUAGAACUGAGCCAGUUCGACAAAAAAUAUGUGCCAAGAACUGCGAUCAAGGGCCAAGCGUUGGCCGAUUUUCUAGCCGAGUUCUCCCAUAGGCCAGCUCCCGCCACGCCUGAAGGAGUUGAGACUACAGAAUGGAAGCUCUACGUGGAUGGAGCGUCGAGCGAAAGUGGGUUAGGAGCCGGCGUCUUGUUAAUCAGCCUAGAAGGCCAUAAGAUUACCUCGGCGGUUCGAUUUAAAUUCAAGGCGUCGAACAAUGAGGCGGAAUACGAAGCGCUAAUCGUGGGACUGCGAUUGGCCAGCCACCUGAAGAUCGAAAGGCUCAGCAUCUUCAGUGAUUCUCAAUUGGUCGUCGGGCAAGUAAAAGAAGAAUACCAAGCGCGCAGCGAGAAAAUAGGAGCGUACUUGAGGAAGGUAAAGGAAGAACUCGUUAAGUUCAAAAACUACGAGAUACUUCAGAUACCACGAACCAAAAACACAAACGCCGACGCUCUGGCAAAGCUAGCAUCUUCAAGAGAUUCUGACACACUAGGGGUCGUUCCCAUCGAAGAAUUGGAGCGGCCGAUUAUUGUAGAAAAAGCUAAGGCAUUAAUCGUCCAAAUAGGUGAAAAUUGGAUGACGCCACUCAUCCAAUACCUAAUGGAUGCACAACUGCCAAACAAUAAAGACGAAGCCAGACGGAUCAGGUAUAGAGCUGCUAGGUACUUGUUGUACGACGGCUUGCUCUACCGACGAGGCUACUCAACACCUCUACCGUGGUGCCUGGAUAAUGCCGAAGCCCAGAAGGUCCUCCAAGAAAUCCAUGAAGGAGUCUGCGGUAACCACACUAGGGGGCAGUCUUUGGCUCUAAAGGUUUUAAGGUAUGCCACAAUUCCUAGAGCACCCCCAGAAAAUUUAACUAUCAUUCUCAGUCCAUGGCCCUUCGCCAAAUGGGGGGUUGACCUGAUCAGGCCAUUACAUCUUGCACCCGGAGGCUUUAAAUUUGCAAUCGUCGCGGUAGACUACUACACAAAGUGGGCAGAGGCAAAGGCUCUAACUACAACCACGGAAGCAGCCUGCACCAAAUUCAUGUGGGACAACAUCGUGUGCAGGUUCAGGAUUCCCCACUCAAUAGUAUCCGACAACGGAAAGCAGUUCGACAAUGCCUCAACACGCAGAUUUUGUGACAGCCUGGGCAUUCAGAAAGACUUCUCGGCGCCAACCAUCCACAAUCUAACGGACAAGUCGAAGCGGUAA